AUGAUCUCAAUCACUUAUUUGUUAAUAGGGAUAAUAAUUCAAGCAUAUUGCUACUCACAUGCUCAUGCUUCUGAAUUAUUACUUGAGAAGCGUGGAUAUCAAGAGAUCAGUACAAUCUAUGCGUCUACGCCAACUGCAAAUGUGGUAAGCACCGUCGCAACCGACGCUUUUACUUGUUCUCUCUCGACUUUCAACCACGGAUAUCCUUCUGCUCAUGUUUCUUACGCACCUGAAGUUAAAAAACUGGAUAAUGGUCUAUAUGAGGCUACCAUGUAUUUUGAUGGUGAUAACUGCUCAGAUUUCGAUGGAGCCUCGGAAAUCAAACUUGAUGGUGUCCAGCCAAACGUCGUAUUGUGGUCCCACAACAACCCAGCAAACAAAGGGAUAGAUUCUGUCAAUGGGUGUCACUGGGUCGCACCAUUUUCAUUUCAAGCUUCUUAUGAUUCUCAGAACAACAGAUGGUGUAUGAAUGGUGGUUCCCAAAUACAGUACGAUUGGACAAAUAAAAAUUCGUUUGAUUAUUCAUUUGGUUGUGGAUCUGGUGGCCAGUUCGAUUUACCCAAUCUAUGUUGGUCAGAUAGCAAUCAAGCCGGAAACAACAAAAAUACAAUUAGCUCCACAUCCACGUCAUCAACAGUCGCAACAGGCUUUACAUGCACACCAGAAUGGUCGACAUGCGAAUCCAAUAACGACUGUUGCACCGGGUUAGUCUGUAACUCGGAUAACCCCUAUUGGAAGUAUUGUUCAACCGGAACGGUGACAGAGGACGUCCAAACCACACCUCCAACCACAUCGUCUGUCGUAACCACGACCUCCACUUCGUCAUUCUUAACAUCGUCAUCUAUACCAUCAACAUUCACAACAGGCUUUACAUGCACACCAGAAUGGUCGACAUGCGAAUCCAAUAACGACUGUUGCACCGGGUUAGUCUGUAACUCGGAUAACCCCUAUUGGAAGUAUUGUUCCUUUUCAGCUGAUUCUACAUGUAUUAGACAAUGGUCAACAUGCGAGUCAAACAAUGAUUGUUGCCUCGGACUAGUCUGUAACUCAGAUAACCCCUAUUGGAAGUAUUGUUCAACUGGAACAGCGACGGAGAAAAUUCAAACCUCACCAUUAACUACUUCAUCAACCACCACUUUUUCUUCGUUCUAUCCAACUAGAAGCAGUGGAAUUCCAUCUACAACAAGACAGCAAGAAGUAAGUACAAUCUAUGCGUCUACGCCAACUGCAAAUGUGGUAAGCACCGUCGCAACCGACGCUUUUACUUGUUCUCUCUCGACUUUCAACCACGGAUAUCCUUCUGCUCAUGUUUCUUACGCACCUGAAGUUAAAAAACUGGAUAAUGGUCUAUAUGAGGCUACCAUGUAUUUUGAUGGUGAUAACUGCUCAGAUUUCGAUGGAGCCUCGGAAAUCAAACUUGAUGGUGUCCAGCCAAACGUCGUAUUGUGGUCCCACAACAACCCAGCAAACAAAGGGAUAGAUUCUGUCAAUGGGUGUCACUGGGUCGCACCAUUUUCAUUUCAAGCUUCUUAUGAUUCUCAGAACAACAGAUGGUGUAUGAAUGGUGGUUCCCAAAUACAGUACGAUUGGACAAAUAAAAAUUCGUUUGAUUAUUCAUUUGGUUGUGGAUCUGGUGGCCAGUUCGAUUUACCCAAUCUAUGUUGGGUUGAACCACAAAAUGAUAGUUCAACAUUCCAGACGUUUUCCAAGACAUCUUCAGAUUCCACAGACGCAUCAACAUCAUUAGCGUUUUCAAGGUCUUCAUUUUCUGUUACCUUACCGACUCCGGUUGGAUCAUCCACUCCAAUUGGAUCGUCUACUCCAGUUGGUUCGUCCACUCCAGUUGGAUCAUCCACCUCAGUUGGAUCGUCUACUCCAGUUGGUUCAUCCACUCCAAUUGGAUCAUCCACUCAAGGUGUGUCUGCAGUUUCAUCUCAUAGCGGUAUUUCCUCACUCGAUCCUAAGGACAAUACAAUGACAGCAUCAUUUUCAGUAACCACCAUGAGCUCAUUCACCAGAUCAUCAGCGGUUGGAUCAUCCACCUCAGUUGGAUCGUCUACCUCAGUUGGUUUGUCCACUCCAGUUGGAUCAUCCACCUCAGUUGGAUUGUCUACUCCAGUUGGAUCAGCCACUCCAGUUGGAUCGUCUACCUCAGUUGGAUCAGCCACUCCAGUUGGAUCGUCUACCUCAGUUGGAUCAUCCACUCCAGUUGGUUUAUCCACUCCAGUUGGUUUGUCCACUUCAAUUGGAUCAUCCACCUCAAUUGGUUCAUCCACUCCAAUUGGAUCGUCCACUCAAGGUGUGUCUGCAGUUUCAUCUCAUAGCGGUAUUUCCUCACUUGAUCCUAAGGACAAUACAAUGACAGCAUCAUUUUCAGUAACCACCAUGAGCUCAUUCACCAGAUUAUCAGCGGUUGGAUCAUCCACCUCAGUUGGAUCGUCUACCUCAGUUGGUUCAUCCACUCCAGUUGGAUCAUCCACCUCAGUUGGAUUGUCUACUCCAGUUGGAUCAGCCACUCCAGUUGGAUCGUCUACCUCAGUUGGAUCAGCCACUCCAGUUGGAUCGUCUACCUCAGUUGGUUCAUCCACUCCAGUUGGUUUAUCCACUCCAGUUGGUUUGUCCACUUCAAUUGGAUCAUCCACCUCAAUUGGUUCAUCCACUCCAAUUGGAUCGUCCACUCAAGGUGUGUCUGCAGUUUCAUCUCAUAGCGGUAUUUCCUCACUUGAUCCUAAGGACAAUACAAUGACAGCAUCAUUUUCAGUAACCACCAUGAGCUCAUUCACCAGAUUAUCAGCGGUUGGAUCAUCCACCUCAGUUGGAUCGUCUACCUCAGUUGGUUCAUCCACUCCAGUUGGAUCAUCCACCUCAGUUGGAUUGUCUACUCCAGUUGGAUCAGCCACUCCAGUUGGAUCGUCUACCUCAGUUGGUUCAUCCACUCCAGUUGGUUUAUCCACUCCAGUUGGUUUGUCCACUUCAAUUGGAUCAUCCACCUCAAUUGGUUCAUCCACUCCAAUUGGAUCGUCCACUCAAGGUGUGUCUGCAGUUUCAUCUCAUAGCGGUAUUUCCUCACUUGAUCCUAAGGACAAUACAAUGACAGCAUCAUUUUCAGUAACCACCAUGAGCUCAUUCACCAGAUCAUCAGCGGUUGGAUCGUCUACUCCAGUUGGAUCGUCUACUCCAGUUGGAUCGUCUACUCCAGUUGGAUCGUCUACUCCAGUUGGAUCGUCCACUCCAGUUGGAUUGUCUACUCCAGUUGGAUCGUCUACUCCAGUUGGAUCGUCUACUCCAGUUGGAUCGUCUACUCCAGUUGGAUCGUCUACCUCAGUUGGAUCAGCCACUCCAGUUGGAUCGUCUACCUCAGUUGGAUCAUCCACCUCAGUUGGUUUAUCCACUCCAGUUGGUUUAUCCACUCCAGUUGGUUUGUCCACUUCAAUUGGAUCAUCCACCUCAAUUGGUUCAUCCACUCCAAUUGGAUCGUCCACUCAAGGUGUGUCUGCAGUUUCAUCUCAUAGCGGUAUUUCCUCACUUGAUCCUAAGGACAAUACAAUGACAGCAUCAUUUUCAGUAACCACCAUGAGCUCAUUCACCAGAUCAUCAGCGGUUGGAUCAUCCACCUCAGUUGGAUCGUCUACCUCAGUUGGUUUGUCCACUCCAGUUGGAUCAUCCACCUCAGUUGGAUUGUCUACUCCAGUUGGAUCAGCCACUCCAGUUGGAUCGUCUACCUCAGUUGGAUCAGCCACUCCAGUUGGAUCGUCUACCUCAGUUGGAUCAUCCACCUCAGUUGGUUUAUCCACUCCAGUUGGUUUGUCCACUCCAGUUGGUUUGUCCACUUCAAUUGGAUCAUCCAUCUCAAUUGGUUCAUCCACUCCAAUUGGAUCGUCCACUCAAGGUGUGUCUGCAGUUUCAUCUCAUAGCGGUAUUUCCUCACUUGAUCCUAAGGACAAUACAAUGACAGCAUCAUUUUCAGUAACCACCAUGAGCUCAUUCACCAGAUCAUCAGCGGUUGGAUCGUCUACUCCAGUUGGAUCGUCUACCUCAGUUGGUUUGUCCACUCCAGUUGGAUCAUCCACCUCAGUUGGAUUGUCUACUCCAGUUGGAUCAGCCACUCCAGUUGGAUCGUCUACCUCAGUUGGUUCAUCCACUCCAGUUGGUUUAUCCACUCCAGUUGGUUUGUCCACUUCAAUUGGAUCAUCCACCUCAAUUGGUUCAUCCACUCCAAUUGGAUCAUCCACUCAAGGUGUGUCUGCAGUUUCAUCUCAUAGCGGUAUUUCCUCACUUGAUCCUAAGGACAAUACAAUGACAGCAUCAUUUUCAGUAACCACCAUGAGCUCAUUCACCAGAUCAUCAGCGGUUGGAUCGUCUACUCCAGUUGGAUCGUCUACUCCAGUUGGAUCGUCUACUCCAGUUGGAUCGUCUACUCCAGUUGGUUCGUCCACUCCAGUUGGAUCAUCCACCUCAGUUGGAUCGUCCACUCAAGGUGUGUCUGCUGUUUCAUCUCAUAGCGGUAUUUCCUCACUCGAUCCUAAGGACAAUACAAUGACAGCAUCAUUUUCAGUAACCACCAUGAGCUCAUUCACCAGAUCAUCAGCGGUUGGAUCGUCUACUCCAGUUGGUUCGUCUACCUCAGUUGGUUCAUCCACUCCAAUUGGAUCAUCCACCUCAGUUGGAUCGUCCACUCAAGGUGUGUCUGCAGUUUCAUCUCAUAGCGGUAUUUCCUCACUUGAUCCUAAGGACAAUACAAUGACAGCAUCAUUUUCAGUAACCACCAUGAGCUCAUUCACCAGAUCAUCAGCGGUUGGAUCGUCUACUCCAGUUGGUUCGUCUACUCCAGUUGGUUCGUCCACUCCAGUUGGAUCAUCCACCUCAGUUGGAUCGUCUACUCCAAUUGGAUCGUCUACCUCAGUUGGAUUACUAACUUCACCAUCAAUAGUUAUACUCCCAUCAAUUACUAACGACUCAUCUUUCCAAGAGACUUCUUUUUUUACAUCAAGUAGUAGCAUGCCUACAGGAGGUUCCUAUUUUGACAUCAGUAGUAUAACAGGUAAACAAGGUGCAGAAACAUCUUACUUUGUUGUUAUUGAAAAAUCAAGUAGUCUCCUUCCUGUUGAAGUAGUUACUACCUCUACGUUACCCACAAGAGCCACAAGUCCUGCAGUUUCCACAUUUGUUGGUUUGUUCUCUAGUAAAAUUACAAAUUCAUCUAAAGAGAAGAACACAGAUCAAUCUAUUGGUACAAACACAAGCUCAAUACUCAAGAUAACUACUCAUACUUUCACCAGCACAGGCUUUAACACAUUAACACCUGACACUACCGGUGUUACGAGUAUCAACAGCGUGGUUUCAUCCGUCGAUUUUAACGGCAACCCAAGUGUUAAUGAUUUAGAUGGAUCGAGCUUUGCGAUAUUCACCGAAUUCAAUUCAAUUUCUGUCCAUAGUGCUACUUCAGGGCUAUCAUCAAACGUAACAACGAUAAAGCCGAUAGAUCUUGUUAGAGGCGGAGAAACUGAAAGUUCCACUAUUACAGGUCACAGCAACUCUGCAAGUGUUGUAACAAUGACUAAAACUGUUACUGAAAUUACUACCCAUUAUAUACAUGAUACCUUAUCAACUCCUGAUGACGCCAGAAUGAUAUCACAAUCUCAAUUUGCCACUCGGGUUAUUUCGAAUAUUGAAACUGUUACGAGAACAAUUACUACAGAAAACACUAUUUAUCCAGAUGCAGCAAUUGAUGAGAGUUCUACUCGAGCUACAGUUAGUACUACUGCUCGAAAUGACGAUGAAGCAGGACUAACUACUAUUACAGCCAGUUCCGAUGGUGGUGAAGUCACAUACUACUCUGGUUCUACCUACAUUCUAACAAGAAGAGAAACACAUGAAUUUGAAUCAACCAUAUACUCUGAAUCGAUUACAGCUAUACCGAUUGUCAGAUCAAUUACUACAGACGGAAUGAUAUCAGUUACUAGUACAUCUACAGUUAGCACUGAGUCAGUUCCAAUUAAUGUGUUUGUUGUUACCACAGUCGUUACCAAAUUGACCACAUAUUGUCCUGAAAAUAAUAAAACAGUAUUAGUUUCGUCUACUCCAGCUUCAAGUGCAACUACUACUGUAAAGUUAGCUGAUCCCAAAACCACUACUACUAAUAAUAAUGGCGGUAUCACCACUUUAACAACAACAGUGGCCAAUAAUAGUGACUUUGGGAGAAUUAAUGCUAAAACUACUUCUGCUUCUACUUCAUCCAGCAUUGUGCAAAUAGAAUACAGUAACGAUUCUGCAAGCAGAAGGGUCGAUUCAAGAUUAGCCUUUGUUGCUAGUAUCUCCCUAUUUUUCUUUUUAUGA